AUGCCGGGCGCCGCAAAGCAGCAUCGCAAUUGUACGGGUCAUGGUUCGCGUGCAUGCUGGCCCAGUCAACGAACCCCCCGAAUGGUCUCCUCGGCCGACCGAUGCACCUUUCCUGCCAGAUUGUUCGACGUGCAUUCCGAUCAAGUGACGGACUGUUGCAUGGUCGAUAGGACCACUGUUCCAUGCUCUUGGAACCCCAUCGCACCAGAAAGUUUGUCAUAUCUCCCCUUGCGAUUUGACUUGCAGAAAUCAUCAUCCCUCGUAACUAAUGCGAGAUUGAGAGGCCUCGGGGAAGACGAACCCCCUUUCGCGUCCAGCGCUUUGACUCCUUAUUUCGGGCGCGGGAUGAGUCUUUCUGGUCAGUCGGUCUCGUUCGCAAGCUGUCGGUUUUACGUCCAAGAAAGAGAGUUCCUGCAAACCCUUGGUAUAACGCUGCCAGACAUAUUCCAGCGUGUUGAUAUCCAAGGCCAAGGAUGCGCCCUGGAAUAUCCCAGACUUUGCAGCAUUGUCGAUAAGUCGGCAGUUGCCAUCCAAAAUGACAUGGCCGGACAGUCAUGCCUCCUUCUCCACGUUGAUACUAUGGCCUGCCCCCGCUUUGCCCUGCUGCGAACGCCUGCGGGACGUGACCGGGAACCGUUGUACUUGCUCGUCAAGCGUAGGAUAGCUAACGAGGUUUCUCCUGGUAGCAAAGACAUUUCCAAAGAGUCCAAAUUCCGUCUUCCACUGAACGCAAUCUUAUCGACCUCCAUAUCACCUUGGCCCCGCCUCUGCAAGACGACGUUGACGUUGAUCAUGUCAAUACAAGCGCCUUCUUAUUUGGAUUCCGCUAGCGCGCCUCUUGUGCCGGCCCGUUUGGCAGCCAUUGGGUAUGAAGUAGGAUCUCUCCCACCUACAACACAUUCUCGUGCGACUGGGACUUGCGAUAAUAGCGUUAUCCAUGUCGGUACUGCGUAUACCGAAUGUACGAGGUCCAGAGGCGAGAAAGCCCCCGCGGAACGCAUCCGGCCAGACUGGGGCCACUGUGGCCAAUUUGAAUUUGGUUCCGUGAAGCUUUGUACUCCUUGGGGCGCGGCUCAUAUUCUUGGAGCUGAAACCGUGGGCAUCUCCAUCCAUUCUGAUUUAACCGCGCCGUGGCCUGGCCGCAGCAUCAACAGUAACCUUGGGGGCUUCAUCGUCGAAACCAAGUUGAGGCUCAAGACGAUCUCCCUGCCGUCCGGCAAGACUGAUCCCGGAUCCUCAUACUUGAUCAAUGCGCCAGAAGCUCUCGUCCAGGAUCCCUUUCACACCCCCGCGCAACUCGUCUCAUACGCGGUUGACGCCAUACUUGUUUAA